CAUUAUGCUAAUCGCGGCCGGGCCCGCGCGCACGGGGGUGGGGCCCGCGCGUAUAAAGCGGGCGCAGGCGGGCUGGGCGUUCCACAGGCCAAGUGCGCUGUGCUCGAGGGGUGCCAGCCAGGCCCGAGCAGCGAGCGAGCCAGCAGGCAUCGAGGGGGCGCGGUUGCCGGCCCGACCAGACCAGCGAAUUCCACGCAGGAGAGUGUUCGACCCGACCGCCAGCACAUCCGUGAUGGAGCGUCUUGUCGCCCGUGGGACCUUCCCAGUACUUGUGCGCACCAGCGCCUGCCGCAGCCUCUUCGGCCCGGUGGACCACGAGGAGCUGAGCCGCGAGCUGCAGGCCCGCCUGGCCGAGCUGAACGCCGAGGACCAGAAUCGCUGGGACUACGACUUCCAGCAGGACAUGCCGCUGCGGGGCCCCGGACGCCUGCAGUGGACCGAAGUGGACAGCGAGUCGGUGCCCGCGUUCUACCGCGAGACGGUGCAGGUGGGGCGCUGCCGCCUGCUGCUGGCGCCGCGGCCCGUCGCGGUCGCGGUGGCUGUCAGCCCGCCCCUCGAGCCGGACGCUGAGUCCCUCGACGGCCUCGAGGAGGCGCCGGAGCAGCUGCCUAAUGUCCCGGUCCCGGCCCCGGCGUCCACCCCGCCCCCAGCCCCAGUCCUGGCUCCGGCCCCGGUCGCGGUUCCGGACGUGGCUCCGGUCGUGGCUCCGGGUCUGAUCCCGGCUCAGAUCCCGGCUCCGGUCCCGGCUCCAGUCGUGGCUCCGGGUCUGAUCGCAGGUCCGGUCGCGGCCCCGGUCGUGGCCCCGGUCUUGGCCCCGGUCGUGGCCCCGGCUCCGGUUCUGGCUCCGGUUCUGGCUCCGGCCCCGGCUCCGGUCGCGGCCCCAGCCCCGGCCCCGGCCCCGGUCCCAGCUCCGGUCCCGGUUCCGGGCCCGGCCUUGGCUCCGGCCCCCGCCCCGGGCCCGGCCCCGGACGCGGCUCCUCAAGAGAGUGCCGAGCAGGGCGCGAACCAGGGGCAGCGCGGCCAGGAGCCUCUCGCUGACCAGCUGCACUCGGGGAUUUCGGGACGUCCAGCGGCCGGCACCGCUGCUGCCAGCGCCAACGGCGCGGCGAUCAAGAAGCUGUCCGGGCCUCUGAUCUCCGAUUUCUUCGCCAAGCGCAAGAGAUCUGCGCCUGAGAAGGCGUCGGGAGAGGUCCCCCCGCCGUGUCCCGCUCCCAGCGGCGCCCCCGGCGUGGGCUCGGUGGAGCAGACCCCGCGCAAGAGGCUGCGGUGAGCCAAUUUAGAGCCCAAAGAGCCCCGAGGGAACCUGCCGGGGCAGCGGACGUUGGAAGGGCGCUGGGGCCUCGGCUGGGACCGUUCAUGUAGCAGCAACCGGCGGCGGCUGCCGCAGAGCAGCGUUCGGUGUUUAAAUUCUGAAAACUGUGCAAUGUAUUGAUUACGUCUUUUUAUAUCUAAAUGUAUUCUGCACGAGAAGGUACACUGGUCCCAAGGUGUAAAGCUUUAAGAGUCAUUUAUAUAAAAUGUUUAAUCUCUGCUGAAACUCAGUGCAAAAAAAAAGAAAAAAGUAAAAAAAAAGUAAAAAAUAAAAAAAAACCAUGUAUAUUUGUACAAAAAGUUUUUAAAGUUAUACUAACUUAUAUUUUCUAUUUAUGUCCAGGCGUGGACCGCUCUGCCACGCACUAGCUCGGUUAUUGGUUAUGCCAAAGGCACCUCCACCUCCCACAUCGUCCCGUUAUUGACAAGUGUAUAACUUUAUUCUCAUAGCGGACUCUGGGGAAAGGGGUCACUCACAAGCUGUAGCUGCCAUCACGCCCACCUAGCUUGCAUUCUCUUCGCGCUUUCGCUCUCUCUCUUACUAUUACUGUGUUUAUCUUAAACUUGAAGACAAAUCUGUUAAAAUGGUUCCUGAGCCGACUGUACCACUGCCCCGGCCCCUCGUCCGCCGGGUUCUAAAUAAAGAGGCCGAAAGAUGCUGCAA